AUGACUCCAGUUAUGGAAGACCCUAAGAAAGACAACAAAUGCCCUUGUCCUCCUUCCAGUCUAGGGUUGCAGGGUAAUGUCUUCAGCAAAAACAGCAAUAAGGAAGAAGAAAAGGAAGAAGUGAAUAAAGAGAAAAAGCUGCCCAACAGAAAAAAAGAAAGGAGAGAGAAGAAGAAGAGGGAGAAGAAGGAACAGGAUAGUGAGAAAGAAAAGGAAGAAGAAAAAGAAAGUGAGAAGAUACAAGAGAAAGUAAAAGAAAAUGUUAAGGCACAAGAAAAGGAAGAAGAAAGAGAACAAAAACCAGAACAAGAGAAAGAAAAGGAACAAGAAAAGAAGCCAAAAGAAGUGUUUGUGAUUAAUCCAGCUAGCAGUCUUUAUUACCAUUGGCUGGCUCUCAUCACUGUUCCUGUUAUGUAUAAUUGGACAAUAAUCAUUGCAAGAGCCUGCUUUGAAGAACUGCAGCAUGAAUACCUGAUAACAUGGUUCAUCCUUGACUACAUCUGUGAUCUUCUUUAUGCGGCUGACAUGGCCUUUAGGACUAGGACUGGGUAUCUUGAGCAGGGGUUGCUGGUCAAAGAUGAGAUGCUCCUUCGUAAGCACUACAUGGACAGCAUUCAAUUCAGACUCGACAUCAUCUCCAUGAUUCCCACUGAUGUGCUGUAUUUUGCCCUGGGGCUAGACUACCCCGAGAUCCGCAUCAACAAGUUGCUGCGCAUCAGCCGCAUGUUCGAGUUCUUUGAGCGCUCCCAGACCAUGACCAACUAUCCCAACAUCUUCCGCAUCUGCACCCUGCUCAUGUAUAUUCUUAUCAUUAUUCACUGGAAUGCGUGUUUCUACUUCUCUUUCUCCAAGUCCAUUGGUUUUGGCUCGGAUGCCUGGGUCUAUCCUGCGCUUACAGAGCCGGAGUUCGAUAAGCUGAUGAGGAAGUACUCCUUCAGCCUCUACUGGUCCACCCUCACACUCACAACUAUUGGAGAGACGCCCUCACCCGAACUAGACUCAGAGUUCUUUUUCCAUGUGAUGGACUUCCUUGUAGGUGUUCUGAUCUUUGCCACCAUUGUUGGCAACAUCGCCACCAUGAUCUCCAACAUGAACGCGGCUCAGGCACAAUUCCAGGCGCGCAUUGACAACAUCAAACAAUACAUGCAAGUACGCCAUGUUAGCAAGGACCUGGAGAUUCGUGUCAUCAAGUGGUUUGACUAUCUGUGGACUAAUAAAAAGGCACAGAAUGAGAGGGAGGUUCUCCGGUACCUCCCGGACAAGCUGCGAGCAGAGAUAGGCAUGAAUGUGCACCUGGACACACUGAAGAAGGUGAGAAUCUUUGCAGAGUGUGAAGCAGGUCUGCUGCUAGAGCUGGUGCUUAAAUUACAACCACAGGUGUUCAGCCCUGGUGACUACAUCUGCCGCAAGGGUGACGUUGGGCGAGAAAUGUACAUCAUCAAGGAGGGCAAGCUGGCUGUGGUGGCAGAUGAUGGCAUCACACAGUUCUGUGUCCUGGGUGAUGGGAGUUACUUUGGUGAGAUCAGCAUCCUCAACAUCAAGGGCAGCAAAGCGGGUAACCGCAGGACAGCGAACAUCUGCAGCAUCGGGUAUUCGGACCUCUUUUGCUUGUCGAAGGAUGACCUAAUGGAAGCUCUGACAGAGUACCCCGAGGCCAAAAUGAUGCUGGAGGAAAAAGGGAGACAAAUCCUCAUGAAAGAUGACCUUAUCGACCUGGACCCGGUCAACCUGAAGCCCGACCAGAAGGAUCUGGAGGACCGCGUGAACCGGAUUUACAGCACAAUGGAGCUGAUGCAGGCUAAGGUGAAAAAACUGCUCUCUGACUAUGAAAGAACUGAGAAAGGGCUCGAGCAACGGAUUGCUCAGAUAGAGGGCUACACUGGGGAGGAGGCAGAAGACGAUGAUGGUGAGGAGGUGGGGUGGGAGAGGAAAGACGAAAUCACACCAGAGCAAGACAAGAAAGAGGAUGCCAAAGAAGAAUUGAAAGACGAGAUGGAAAAAACAGAGUCAGAGGAAAAGCCAGAUGAAUAG